AUGCGUUCUUGGUAUGGAAGGGGAAAAUCCCUUCAAGUGGCCGUUACAGCGUGCUGUUUGAUGGCUUUUAUAUUGUUUGGAUAUGAUCAGGGUGUAUUCAGUGGUAUUGUGACAAAUGAAGACUGGAGGAAGCAAUUUGGCUAUCCCAAUGAUUCGGAAGAGGGCAUUAUUGUCAGCUGUUAUAAUCUUGGCUGUCUGCUAGGAUGCUUGAUCAAUUUCUUCAUCGGUGAAUAUCUUGGUCGCCGAAAGACAAUUUGGCUGGCGAUGGGAGUAGUGAUAGUCGGCGCAGUACUGCAAACAUCUGCCUUUACCGUGCCUCAUUUGAUCAUCGGACGAUUGGUCACUGGUGCAGGCACAGGCCUGAAGACCUCGACAGUGCCAAUGUAUCAAGCGGAAAUGUGUGAUGGCAAGACUCGAGGCCGCCUCAUUUCCUCCGAAGUUCUCUUCACUGCUGUUGGCAUCGUCGUGGCAUAUUGGUUUGACUAUGGCAUGUCAUUCGUCGGAGGUCCAAUUGCGUGGCGACUCCCAAUUGCUAUGCAGAUGGUCUUUGCUAUCUUCGUUAUCAUUCUCGUCUUCGGUCUUCCAGAAUCUCCUCGCUGGCUCAUGAAUCAUAACCAAGAAAAGGAAGCCAUGGAAGUGCUGUGUGCGCUUUAUGAUAAGGAGGAAAAUGAGGAGUAUAUUGUCAAUGAACGCCGGGCUAUUCUGUCUGCCAUUGAAUUGGAAAAUAAUGCCAACAAGAAGUCUGUUUGGAAGAUGUUCCGCAAUGACGAGGUCAAAACGGGUCAACGUGUUCUCCUUGCUUGGGGAAUGCAACUGAUGAACCAAGUCGGUGGUAUUAAUCUGGUCGUUUACUACGUGCCUACCGUGUUAAAAAACAAUGUUGGGUUGACUGGUCAGCUUCCCCAGAUCCUAGGUGGAUGCAUCCAAAUCAUGUUCAUGUUGGGAUCUCUUCUGCCCGCAUUCAUGCUGGACCGUAUGGGUCGCCGUCGGACCAUGAUGAUCGGCUCGUUCGGCCUGGGCAUCUGCAUGCUUAUGGUAGCGGCACUCUUGUCCCAAGUCGACAAGCCGAACGGGGAAAAUUACGCCUCCGCCUCCGUUUCAUUCUUCUUCCUCUACAUGCUCAUCCACGGCAUGUCCAUCAACUCGGUGCCCUGGGUGUAUGUACCGGAGAUUCUUCCUCUGGAUGCUCGCAGCAAAGGAACGGCUAUCGGUGUUAGCUCCAAUUGGCUCUGGAAUUUCACCGUGGUCAUGAUCACUCCUGUGAUUAUCAACCGCAUUCAGUGGAAAGCAUACUUGAUAUUCAUGAUCACCAACUUCAUCUUCAUCCCAGUCGUCUACAUCUUCUACCCCGAAACUAGCAAUCUGCGUCUGGAAGAUAUUGACCUGAUCUUUUCUCGGGGCGGAGAUCCUGUCCAGCAGGCGCGAUUGAUGGCAGCUGAGAUCAAGACCCACGGAUAUCUCCGAUCAGAGGAAAUGGGCCAUGAAAAGGAUGCUGAUAUUGUCAAGGUGGAGCACGUUUGA